AUGAUAAAAAAAUAUAGCUUAUAAUUUGCAUCUCAAGAGAUAGAGCAGAAAUAUAGAGAAUCUCUAUUAAGUGGAGUUAAAUAUCGACGUGAAUAUACAUAUGGAAUAUUAUGUAUAUAUCUAGGAUUAAUAAUUAUAAAAUAUAAUUUGUAACAGGUUUUGUUACCUUAAAUAUUUGCUGGUGUUGGAAUAACAUUAGAACUGGCAUUAUUUUUUUUCAUGAAGAAAUAUUGGAAAUAUAAAGAAAUUUUAAUAACUAUGAAUAUGAUUAUCAUGGCCACAAUUUGUGAAAGUUUGAGAUUACUUGGAUUUAAUGAUUACCUAUGGUAUUAUGGUUAACAUUCGUCCUCUCUUAAAUUAUGUAAGAUAUCUAUAAAGUUUAGUAAUUUAUUUAUAGGGAAGUUAGUUUUUAAUCCAAUCGUUUAUUUUCUGUUGUACUCAAGCAGUAAGUAUAUAUAAUUUAAGUAAUUAUGAUGUAUCUGCGAUAAUUUCUCAUUGUCUUAUUACUUUAAUUUUAAUUAUGCUACGUUAUCAAUAUGAAAUAAUUAGUAGGAAGAAUUUCCUUUCAGGACUUUCAAGAGAAUAAUAUGAAAAUAUGAUAGAGGAUCUUCUUCCAUCAUGGGUAGUUGUUCUUAAAUAUAAUAAAUUAGCUGCUUAAGUAUAAAUUGAAAAAAUUAAUAAAAAUCUAAAAGAAAAAUUUAAUCUUAAAAAUAAUGAAGCUUUGAGAGAUUUUUUAAGAAAAAUAACUAUUUAUGAAUUUGAAAAUAUGAAAAUUGAACAUGAAAUAAUUUAAAUCCUAAAAUCAAAAAGUCAAGAUCAUUCUGUUUAAAGAUAUUUUGGAGUUUUAGAAAAUGAAGAAAACUCAAAAUAAUGGAGAUUUAGAAUUACAUUAGUUUAUUUUAAAGCAUUGGAACCUUUAGUUAUUCUGCUAUUUGAAGAAAUUAAAGAAGGAAAAUAUGAUUAGUUUCUUAAUUAGAUAGAAUUAAGAGAUAAUUAAUAAUAUGUAUUAAUUUUAAUUAAUUUUAGUAUAAUUCAAAAGUUAGUUUAUUAUUAAUUACUUAAUAAAUGUAACUCACAUAAUAGAUUCAUAAUUAAGUACAUAUACUAUCUUUACUUAAAUAAGAAUAAUUUAAUACAUUUUAAUAAAAUCUUUAAAAAUAAAUACAAUUAAGUUAUUAUUUAUAUAAUCUUAAUAAUAAUUUAUUGAAUCUAUUUAAAAUAUCACAUAGAUAAAUUAAAUAUGAAUUUUAAGAAAUUUAGAUAGAAACAUUUUUUAGAACUCUUUCAGAUAAUUUACUUAUUAAAUAUAAAUAAAGAAAGAUUGACAUUACAAAUUUAUCAAUCAAAAAAGAAACAAUUAAAACAGAUAAAAAUAAGUUAAUAUCUAUAAUAAUGAAUUUAAUGGAAUUUAUCAAAAUUUUACUAUCAAUAAUACAUUCUGAUGAAAGUUUAUAAUAUUCAAUGCAUCCAAUGAAAAAACAUUUUUCUCUCUCAAUAAAGCAAUCUAAAAAGUGUAAUGAUUCUAUAUAAAUAACUUUAAGUCAUCCUAAUUUAAGUAUCACAAGUGAUAUGAUUGAUUUAAUAUAAAAUAUCUAACCAGUAUCUAUUGAUGAUAAAAAAAGAAAUUGGAAUAACAAGAAUUACUUUGAAAUGAUAAAGAAUUUAAAUCAAAUUCUUUCUUCAUUAAUAAAUCCUAAUAAUAAAAAUUUGUAGUCUCUUACUUCAAUAUCAGUUGGAUUAUAAAAUAAUGGAUAUCAAUAAAUAAAUUAGCAAGAUAAUUAAAAAUAAUAAUAAUUUAAUACUUUAGGAUAUCUAAUGGCUUAAUACUUUAUAAGUCAAUUAGGUCCUUUUAAUAAAGUUUUCUAUAAAUAAGUACUUAUAGAAAAUGAUGUUUUGAAUCCUUCGUAUAUUUCACAACUUUAUUAAACAAAAAUAUAAUUCACUAUUUAUAAGGAUUUAUAAAAUUUUUUAAAAGAGGUUUCUAAAUUAGAAAAAAAUGAUUUUGAAGAAAAUUAAUAUUUUUCAUAAAAAAAAUUUACUAAUUAAGAAAUUACAGAAAGAUUAAUUCAAUUUCAUGUAGAAGAGUAGAAAAAAAGAUUAUUUUGA